AUGCUGGACAUGGCCGUUGACUCAGUGGAUGACAUGUACAGUGGCUGCACAGACCGCAUGGACGCCAUAGUUAAAAAGCAAUAUCUACCAAUGGAGAAAAACAAAAUGACAACAAACUUCACCUUAGCUUGGAGUGCGGCCGAGAAGUACUACAACAAAUUAUGGAGACGCAAAAAUGGGAAAAAACCAUCAACGUCCCUCAGCAAAGAGCAAAUUAUGUCUAUUUACGCGUACACCCUGGACACGCCUAACGUCUAUAUGGACUUCAACAACGCGGUGCGCACUCAAGGGCCCAAGUACAAGACGUCUUUUCAAUACCACUCUCUCCACUACUUUCUGACCGGGGCUAUUCAGAAACUCAACGCACGCAGAAGCAAGGCCGAGCGGUGCGUGCGCGUCCACCGCCGGGUUAACGCGUACUUCAGGCGGGACGUGGUGAACAGGCCCGUGCGCUUUGGCUCCUUCUCCUCCAGCUCCAUGGGUUGGUUCCCCAGCGCGGCCAGAUUUGGGGACAGAAGUUGCUUUGAGAUUAACACGUGUUUCGGGGCGGACGUGUCGCUCUUUUCUAAACUGGGAGAGGCGGAGAGAGAAGUGCUGGUUCCACCGUAUGAAGUUUUUAAGGUGACGGCGGUAGAGAAGCGCUCUGAGAAGAAGAACCUUCCGUGUGAGUUUGUGUACAAGCUGAGCAGCAUCGGUGUUGUUUCAAACCUGAACUGUGCACUGUGA